CGCAGCGGGCGCCUGACUCCAAAGUUGAGCGCAGGCUGGCCACGCGGGUGGUGGCCGCUCCGGAAGCUCUAGCUGCACCUGCUCCAGGCGCUGCUUCAAGAUCCCACAGUGUAAAUGACAACUGGGAGUUCACACAGCACUUUGUGCAGAAUUUGGUGAACAGCUUUAAAAACCCCACACAGCGUAUGUCGUUCAUUACCUACUCGACACAUGGCCAUGUCAAUAUGCAGUUGACCUCGGACAGAAAAAAAAUAAACAAUGCUCUUGUCGAAAUGCUCUAUAUACUACCUAGCGGAGCCAUAAAUAUGGAGCACGGAUUGGAAAAGGCCAAUGAGCAGAUCAAAAGAACACGUGCUGCAGGACAGAGGGUUCCCACCCUCAUCAUCGUGCUGACAGGUGGAGAACUGCUGCCAGAAUCAUUUGCAAAGACACAAGUUGAAGCUGCAAAAUCCAGGCAGUUGGGGGCAACUCUGUAUUUUGUGGGCAUGGAAGAUUAUCAGCUAUACCAGCUACGGGAAAUUGCUGGCGAAGAGGAUCAUGUGUUUGGAGUGGACAAUGGAUACAGUGGACUGGAAGACAUCGUUGGUCCCCUCAUAGUGAGGUCAUGUGUGCAGAUUAUGUCUGUGGAUUACUCCACUACCUGUGCUAGAGGUAAGAAUGAAGUCAAGGUUAUUGGGAAAGGUUUUGAAAACACACAGAAGGAAGAAGUCGUCUGUCAAUUUCGAAUUCGAAAGAAAACCAUCCGAAUGAAGGCUGUGUCUGUGGAAGAUACCUCCAUUACAUGCCCAGGACCGAAGUUAAAUGAUCGGGGCCAGGCCGUCUUCAUCGAUAUCAGCCUGAAUAAUGGCCUCACCUUCUUCAAGACGGAUUUAGAUGUCAGCAGGAGGAACUGUGUGACUUCCAGGGAGGGGUCCCCACCUGCUGUGACAACAGCUGUGCCGCUAUGUGCCCUUCUCGAAGAUGAGCCGGAAGACACGGAGGAUACUUACCCAGAUAAAGUGUCUCCCAGGCUAGAGUCCCUCACCUUCAAGCCUAUCUACUGGGUUGUGCCUAUCGUGUCGCUGCCCUUUCUCCUGCUGGCGUGCUGUUGUUUCUGCCCAUGCUACAUUCAGUGUGGACCCACCAUGGGGUGUCUCAAAGAUCACAUGGUCACAGUCCAACAGUCAAGUUUGAAACAGCAACCUAAGUCCCAACGGAGCCAGGCCGUUCCACCCAAAGGAAGCCCAAAGGAAACGGGGCGGAGCGAUCCAAUGCCGGCUCGGGUGCAGCGCCCUCGGCAAGAGGUUUGCCCGCAGUGCGCAGCGUUAUCGAGACAGGAGGGCCACACGGUGAUUAUGUCGUAUUAUAAUGAAUACAAAAUGACAAUGCAGGUAAAUUAUCAUGAUGUCCGCCUACAGAUGCCCAUCGUGGAUCAUCCUGCCGUGCACAGCACCAACCCAGCUGCCAUUCCUCCAUCCUCAGCAGCACGUGCUCACGGUGCCAGGGUCCCAACCCAGUUGCUGCCCAUCUGAAUAAUGCCACUCAUAACUGUGGCAGCCUGGAUACUCUGGAAAGCCCUCUGUAACUCUUACCCCAUAAUAUGAUCUCUACAGCACCAAAAC